UAGAUAAGAUUUUGUUAUUUAUCACUAACACCUGAAACACUUUGUUCUGCUUACUGCACUCAUUACAGAAAAUAACUUUUCAGUUUUUGUAAAGUUUGAAGAAAAGAGCAACAUGUUGAAAUAUUGUGCCGCGUUUUUGGCUAUAAUUUUGUGCGGAAAUGCCUCAUCUUCGGACAUUUCGGCUAAGUUAAACGAGUUAGAUCUGGAGGGUGAAAUUGAACCCUUUGCCAUGGAAGGCACAAUUAAUCAAACACUUCAAGAACUCAGAGAGAAAUUACCCGAUCCCUUAGACAUUGAACUUACAAUUCCCCAACUAAACUUUGCCGACGCUCUUAUGAAUGGUACUUUGGACCUUUCCAAUCCCAGUAUCAUAGGACUAACAACUUUCUUAGUACCAGCACUUAAAUUUAACAUAAUUGGGUUCAAAUUGAACUUAACUCUACUUUUCCCGGUAUUUCAAGUUGACCCCACUUAUGAGACAGAUAUGAUACUUUUGACCGUUUUGCCAAUUUAUGGAAACGGAACGGCCAAAGUCUAUCUGAAUGAUCUUAAGUUGGACACUUAUCUUGAACUCAAGACCUCACCUUCCUUACACAUACAAAACUUUAGAAUUCUUAUAACUUUAGACAAUAUAAAGCUUGACAUUGAGGGUCUUCUAUACGAUGAGGAAUUCAGUAAGUUUGCAAGUGCAGUGGCAAGCGGGCUUGCCAAUACUUUUAUUACUCCUUAUAUCAAUGACAAUGCCGAAGCUAUUAGUGACGUACUGAGUCCGAUAAUUGAAACCGCAAUUAACGAAAUCUUAGCUGGGAACAGUUCAACUAGCGCCCCAGUCACGGAGCCAACUCCUGCGGCUGAAGUAACCAUCAAAGAACUUCACCAUCUCAUACAAAACGCUUUGCCCAGCAUUUUUUGAAUGUACGAAAUACAAUAAAACCCAAGAUGAUUAAAAA